GCUCGGCACUGGGUACUGCACACACACACAGACGGAGUUCUCCCUCCUCAGGAAACCCUGCAACUCCGGGUCGCUACUACAAGAACAUUUCUCUCAGUGGAUUAUCCUCACUGUCAGGAACCCAGCCAGAAUGAAACUAGUUCACGUCGCCCUGCUCUAUCUCGGCUCUGCGACCUUCUUGGGGAUGGAUGCUGCAAGGGUGGACGUAGCGACAGAGUUCAAAAGAAAAUGGACGAAAUGGGCACUGAGCCGAGCCAAGCGGGACGUGAAGCUGUCGGGCGCUCUCCGGGGGCUGGGGGCAGCCGCCGCCGUGCAGCCGCUCGUACGGAGCCAGGACGUGAAGGAGGAUCCCCGAGUCUCGCAUCCCAGCGGCUGGGAGGAUGCUCACAUCCGCGUCAAGCGCUACCGCCAGAGCAUUAACAGCUUCCCGCACUUCCAAGCCAUCCGUACGGGGUGCCGGUUCGGGACUUGCACGGUGCAGACGCUGGCCCACCAGAUCUACCAGCUGACCGACAAGGAUAAGGACGACGCCGCUCCCGCCAGCAAGAUCAGCCCCCAGGGCUACGGCCGCAGGCGGCGCUCCCUGCCCGAGCUCCUCAGCCCACCGCGCUCCCCCCGGCCCGGACGCCGCCUCCGGACGCGGCCCGUUCAGCCCCUCGUCGCCCGCGUCCUUGGGAUCUGAGCCCAGGCCGCUCGGAUGGAUGGACUGAGGCACGGAGGCUCCGGAGCUCCGCCGCCGCUCGGGACCCGCUGCCCAGGAUUUGUGGAGAAGCGCCUGCCCGGGCGGGAUCCCGGCGCGCCCUCCCUGGGCGAGGGGGGAGCGGCGGGGACGGCCGGUCCCGCGGCCCCCGCCCGCGCCCGACACGGGGAAGCUGUGAAGGCCGCGUCCCGCCGGGACUGCUCCCCCCCGUCCGCCGCAGAGGCGGGGCGGCCACUGACUCUUUACCCUCCCCGGGCGAAGCUCCCGGGACUGGAAGACGCCCCGUCCCGCGGCUGCCCCGCCGGACGCCACGUCGC